AUGAAGGCCCUCCAAGUCAAGGAACUCCAGCACCACUCCAAGCUCAAGGUCAUCCUCCAGUCCCAGGGCAAGUACCAAAACCAGCCUCCCUUGCCCUUCGUCCUCGGCGCCGAGUUUGCAGGCAAGAUUGCCUCCGACUCGCCCAUCCCCGACGGCUGCGACUUUAAGCGCGGCGACCGCGUCUUCGGCUACGCCCAGGGCGCGUACAGCGAGCGUCUGGCGCUGAACCCGGUCACGCUCCUGCCCGUCCCCGCCAACAUCAGCUUGGAGCAGGCCGCAGGCCUGUUCCUGACCUAUCCCACGUCGUACGAGGCGCUGGUGGGCCGCGCGCAGGCCAAGGCGGGCGAGACUGUGCUGGUUUUAGCGGGCGCUGGAGGAGUGGGGCUCGCCGCGGUCCAGAUCGCCAAGUAUCUCGGUUGCAAGGUCAUUGCUGCUGUCGGGAGCGAGGCCAAGUUCGCCGUGUGCAAGAAUGCCGGCGCAGACCACGUUAUCAACUAUUCCGAGGCCGGGUGGCAGAACAAGGUCAAGGAGCUCACGGACGGGGACGGCGUCGACGUCGUGUACGACCCGGUGGGCAUGAUUGUGCCCAGCCUCAAGUGCGUGAAUUGGAAUGCGCGCCUCGUCGUUGUCGGGUUCGCGGCGGGCACGAUUGAGAAGAUCCCCGCCAACCUGAUCUUGCUCAAGAAUGUUAGCGUCGUCGGGCUCUUUUGGGGCGCAACCAGCUAUAAGGACCCGGCACGCUUCCAGACUGUCAUCAAGGAGGUGCUCACCCUCAUUGCCAAGGGGAAGCUGAACCCGACAGUGUAUGAGAAGGUGUACGAGGGCAUUGGGGGCGUGGUUGAGGGUCUCAGUGACAUUGAGGGGAGGAAGACGUGGGGCAAGGCUGUCGUGCGCAUCAGGAGGGAGGACAAGGGCAAGCUUUAA